UGCUGGGGCUUUUUAAGCAGCUAUAAGUAGAGCUGACCUCCGUCUGAGCGUCAGACUGAGAAACGCUGUGGACGCAGCGAACAGUCGAAGCCGAUGGGACUUCCUGUCUGCUCUGCAGCUCAGCAUCACCUCCUCCUUCACACUACCUGACGGCUGCAGUGAGAAGCUCGCUGUCUCUGGUUUGAUCUGAAUUGUGGUUUAUUUUGUAAAGCUGCAGGAUUAAAAUGUGAACUAACUCUCUAUCAUGACUUUGACUGGUGUGCUGUGAAGCAGGAUGAUGAUAAACUCCACGCAGGUUCUGUUUUUCACACUAACUGCCUACUUUCACUCUGAGGUUCUGAAUUAUGUAUAUUUUACAGUCGUGCUAUGUCUGUACAUCCUGAUCGUUGGCUCUAACGUGCUGCUGAUCGUGGUGAUCUGUGUGAAUAGCAGCUUACAUGAACCUAUGUACAUGUUUCUGUGCAGCCUGUUUGUGAAUGAACUGUAUGGCAGCACAGGCUUGUUCCCCUUCCUGCUGGUCCAGAUCCUCUCUGACGUUCACAUGGUUGCUGCUCCGCUCUGCUUCCUGCAGAUCUACUGUGUCUACACCUACGCUCACAUUGAGUUCUGCAACCUGGCCGUCAUGUCCUAUGACAGGUACCUGGCCAUCUGCCAUCCUCUGCAGUACCACUCGCUCAUGACGCCUUCAAAGAUCACGAAGCUGGUGGCGCUCACCUGGCUGUUCCCGCUUCUUGAAUCCGUUGCAGGGAUGUUUCUGACCGUCACUCUGCAGCUGUGUGGAAAUAUCAUUGACAAGGUCUACUGUGACAAUUACUCCAUCAUUAAGCUGUCCUGCUCUGACACGACGGCCAACAAUUUGCUGGGAAUAGUUUACAUGUUCACCAUAAUCCUGGGUAUAAUCGUUUUAAUUGUCUACACGUAUGUUAAGAUCCUGAAGGUGUGUUUUUCUGCGUCCACACAGACUCGACAGAAGGCCAUCAGCACCUGCACGCCUCACCUGGCCUCUCUCAUUAACUUCUCCUUCGGCUGUUUCUUUGACAUAUUUCAGAGCAGGUUCGACAUGAGCCGAGUCCCCGACGCGCUCCGAGUUAUUUUAUCGUUAUAUUUCCUCACGUGUCAGCCGCUCUUCAACCCUCUGCUCUAUGGACUCAACAUAUCGAAGAUACGGAGCUUCAGUAAAAAACUGGUUUUUGGGAAAAGGUGAGCUUCACGAGGGGAUGGAUUCUUUAACCAAGUGUUUUAUAAACUGAAGCUGCUUUUACCUUCUGUAAGAUGUUAUAUUGUUGCAAUAAACUCCCUAAACUCCCUGUGGA